UGCACGCUGCUGUCACGGUUAAAAAAACAAACACACGUGCACGAGUGCCUCUCUGUCUCAGUGCCAACGUAGUAGCCGGUUGUUCGAACGAAGAAGACACACACACGUCUGAAAAUGAGUCAGAGGAGAAGGAGCAGCAUUUGGGGGCACUUUUCUCGCGAAGAAAACAGUAAGGCUAAAUGCAGCAUUUGUCAGAAAGUCAUUUCAUUCAAGUCUGGGUCAACAAAUAAUUUACACAGGCAUUUGAAGACUCAACACCCAACAGUGCAGGUCACAGGUUUGAGAGCAGAGCCAGACUCAGACAACAGCAGUGACACUGAUGUGUCCAUUGCCUCCUCUGCCUCCACAUCUGCAUCUACAGUAGCCUGACCCCACUGGGCCCACCACAUUGCCUAGCCAGGCAGGACCAAAAAGGCAGACAUCCAUCAGUCAGUAUUUACCUCCUGUCUUGACCCCAUUAAGACAGGAGAAGAUAGACGAAGAGCUGGCAAAGAUGAUAGCCACUGACUUCCAGCCUUUCUCAAUAGUGGAGGACACAGGAUUCAAAAAAUAUUCACAGGCGCUCAACCCCUCCUACAUUCUUCCAAGUAGGAAGACACUUGUCAAGAAGGUCACAGAUAUGUAUGACAGGGAGACAGCAUCUUUGAAGAGAAGGGUGUCAAAAGUACCAGCUGUCUGUUUAACCACAGACUGUUGGACUUCAAGAACGACAGAAUCAUAUAUGUCUGUAACCUGUCAUUUUAUUGAGGAUUUCCGUGUGGCUUCCUGCGUCCUGGACUGUUUUGAAUUCAGUGAGCAGCACACAGCAGAUAACAUUGCACAACCGCUACUUAGUGUUGCAGCAGAGUGGGGGGUGGACAAGAAAGUAGUGUGCUUCCUAACCGAUAAUGCGUCAAAUGUUACAAAGGCAAUACAAACCAUUGGAUGGAUGCACCUACCAUGCCUGGCCCAUACCAUUAACCUGGUGGUCAGAGAUGCCCUGAAAGCUCCAAAGCCCAUCAUUGAUAAGGUCAAAGAGGCAGUGGAAUACUUUCACAGAAGCACUGUGGGGGCACAAAAACUGAAGGAGACUCAACUACAAAUGAAUAUGGAGGAGCUCCGACCCAAACAGGAUUGCCCUACAAGAUGGAAUUCCACCUACUACAUGUUGAAAAGCUUUAUUGCCAGUAAAAAUGCCAUAAUCUCCACCCUGGCCGUCACCAAUGCACCUGUCCGCCACCUGUCCCAGGAGGAAUGGACCACAGUGCAAGAAUUGUGCACAAUCUUGCAACCAUUUGAGGAAGUCACUGUGGAACUCAGUGCAGAAAGCUACUUGACAGCCUCGAAGGUCAUAGUGCUGGCCAGGGGACUUCAAAGAGCCACCAGUGAUUUCCGGCGAAACACUACAACAGCAGCAGCGCAAGGUGUGAUCGACAGUCUGUGUGCAAGUAUGUCAACGCGAUUCCACAAGAUUCAUGCCAACCACAUACUAGCAGAUACUGCUGCACUUGACCCUCGUUUUAAGAGGAUGGCCUUCCCUGAUGGCAGAACAGCAGAUGAGACGUUUCAAAGGCUGUCAACUGCAGCAGCAAGAAUAAGCAGUGGCACACCCAUCCAGCAGCAACCAGCUGUGGAAGGACUGGAAGGAGCAGGCAGUGGUGCUGGAUCAAUAGUCUGGAGCUAUUUCCAUGAGGAAGUGGCUGGAACAGUGGAAGCCAGGAAUCCCACCGCCGAUGCUGUCAUGGAGGUGCGAGCCUACCUGGAGGAGCCUCUUCUUCCAACACAUGAGGAUCCCCUCAAGUGGUGGGAGAGUCGAGCCCCUGUUUACCCCAGGCUUAGCAAGCUGAUGGCCAGGAAGCUUUGUGUUGUGGCGACAUCAGUUCCCUCUGAGAGAAUAUUCUCGAAAACUGGCCAGAUAAUCUCAGAGAGGAGAAGUCGCCUUAAACCCAAAAUGGUCAGAGCUCUUGUCUUCCUUAAUGCAGAUUUGCCCAAGGACAAGAGAGAGAGGCAGAAAAAGCCAUAA